AGACUGGCAUGGAUGUUAGCUCAGCGACAAUCUUCCUCAAGCAAAAAGAGGAAGAUUGGCAACAUAUGUUAGCUCAGGGCCAAUCUUCCUCACCGAAAGAAAACGAAAAAGAAUCUGCAGAGUAAAGAUAGUGUAAAGAUUGUUGAUAGUUAUUGGGAAAUAAAAGGAGGGAGGUCAUUACAGGACUCUAAGGAUUGAGUAGUAGUCACUACAUGAAAUGUGGCUAUUAAGUAAUAAGAUUGAGCAAUAUUACGACCCAAUAAGAAUGUUUGCUCACAUAAAUGAUUUAUUCAAGAAGCCAUUUAAAGGGAGGGGAAAGGGAGAGGGUCAUAUUGUCUGGAAAGAGAUUACAGUGCAACAAAUACAAGGCAACUAGAGCCCGAAAGACCUGAGGAAGUGAAGUCCACAUGAGGGGGCAGACACGCCGAGUCCUGGAAGUCAGACGCUAUCAGGGACUGGGCAUGCUGUGAGGGUAGAGCAUCGUCUCACCACUGUGAGUUGGAGGAGCAUGGGGAAGCCUGGCAAGUGAAGAAGGCUUGGCAUAAUGGAACUAGCCAUUUCUAAUUUAUGCCUAAUGAAGGAGUGUUCUGAAAACGUUUUGUAUCCCCAGGUAUUCUGAGGGAGUCUUUUGUGCAGGGUUGCUGCAGAGAUGGGGGCUGUCCUGCAAACUACCGUGAAGGGCUGAAUGAAGCUUCAGCAUUCGGUUUGGAAAGUAACACAAAUUUGGGGUACAAAUAUUUGAAGUCAGGACUGAGCUGCUCCCUCCUAAUGGUAGUACCUAACAAUUCCAGAUAGUUUGGGGACCGGAGAGCUGAAGAUGAGCCAUUUUGCCAUUUUUCCGAGUUGUUAAUUGGCUUCCUUGACCAUGGAUGGCUCCUCUAUAGGAAUUUGAUCUGUCAUGGCCUCUACUGUCUGUUAUGAGAACUCCAGUCUCAGCAGGCCUGGCACAAAUGCCCCACCAGCUGUGUCAUUUAUAUACUAAUUCGUGCAGAAUAAUCCUGCAUCUUUCUGCUUCUAAAAAUGCUCUAUUUUCUUAGUUGUGGGCUAAAGCUUGUCUUGCUAGAAUAUUUAUUUUUAGUUUGUGAUUAAAUUUUCGUUUAAUUAUACGAACUCCAAGCCUUAAAUGAGGCAGAAUUUACUACCACUGCAAAAUGGAAUGAGCUGGAAAAGAUGCCCUGUGUGACUUGAGAUUAAUUCCUUCAGCACCUGUUUUUUUCUAUAUUGUUAAUACUUUAUUUCUCCUCCUUGUUUCUUUAAUGACCUUGUAUUUUAUCUUCGACUUUAAACUUCCAUCAGUUUCCACAUCCUCCUUUUUCUUUCUCCGUCUUUCCUCUUCACUUGCAGAUCUCCUGUGUUGUCCCUUACGAACAUGGGUCUAUUCAACAAGUCACCUUGGAAACUACAACUAAGCCUAGCAUUUGCAUUCUCAAAUUCAGCCAUUUAAAAGUUGUGUAUAAAUUAAAUUUUUCAAUUGGAUUAAAGUCAAUUAUAAGGGAACUUGUUAUUUAAAAAAUACUAUUAUUUAUUGUAUUAUUGUGCUAUUUUGUACUGUAUGGGAUCUUCUGGGACAUGAGUAAUAACCAGUUUAUCUAUUAUGUGAAUCUCUGUUUUCAUAUAUUUGCAUAACAUGAGGUACACAUUCUUCAAUUUAAUCGCUGCGGAUUCCUGUUUUCUUUCUGAGUUCUAAUGUCUGAUUUUUCAUUUAAGGAUUUAGUUAAUAUCUUUCCUUAGACAUCCUAGAACUUUACUUCAGACUUUGACUCACCUCCUUUAGGCUUAUUAAGCUUGCCCUCUCUAAACUCACCCCUGCACUUGACCCCCUCAGACCUGUUAUUUUGCUUUGUUAAUUGUGUGUAUGUGUGUACAUUAUGCACAUAUAUAGAUCAAUUUGUGUAUGUCCUUUUUGAAACCUUCUUUGAUAAAACACACAGCUUCUUCGUUGUGUGUGCUUUUCAAUUGCUGUGGCUCUGUCUUUUUCUCAGAUUUGCACACACUGAUCUCUUUUGGUUAGUGUAGAAUUUGUCACAAAGAGGUGCCUGUCUCUCUAGAUCUGGAUUGUAAUUAAAUGUAAAUCAGUAAAGUAACAUACAACUUCAGGGCUUAAUCUACAAGUUCUGUAUCAGAAAAACAAAUACAAUGUCUUAGUUUUAUCUUAACUCUUUUUCUCUAAGAAGCUCGGCACAGUGUCCUCUGACGUAUUAUCCCACGGAGGGCGUAUUCUUGUUGAUCUUUUGGUGGUAAAGAGUGGUUGAUACAGUGUAUACUUUGGUGUCAGAUAAACAAAUCUCAGAUCUUGCUCUUGCUGGAUGUGACCUUGGACAAAAAAAUCUCUGUAAACCUCAACUUUCUCAUCAUAAAAAGGAGAUAAUACUUACUUCAUAGGAUUUGGGGGAGAUUUAAAAGGAUAAUGAGUAUAAAAUAGUUAUUUUUUACUUAAUACACUUAUUGAGUUGUUCAAUAAAUUCAGGAUACUACUGACUACAAGAUCACUCUUCGUGUAGACAUAAGUGCAGACAGAUGUGUAGACACCACCCAGGACAUGAAAUGGGACCUUGGUUUUCACUUGUGCCUGCUGUUCGUGACUGUAUGUCUUUUCUUCCUAUUCUGCUUUGACUUUUUUGUCCCCCAAACACACCACCUAUCCGUGAUUCGUGUAUUCUGAGCUGGUCCAUGCAUAUGUUGCAGCAUGAUCUGGAACAAAGCAGGAGCAUUUAGAAUUGGACAUCCAAUGUUAUUAUUUACAUGUUAAUUCCUCUCGGCAUUUCUUUUCAUUUUUCUCUGUAGUUUCUAUUCUACUGCCCUCGAGCGUCCGUUACCUUCUACCGCAUUUGCCCUCCAUAGAGCCUGCUUAGACUGGAGGCAGAAUUGCAGUUAUUAUGGACCAACUGGCAUCAUUGUCAUAACUUACCUAGGGAUUCUAUCAAGACAAUGAAAUAUGGUGAACAAGUGACUCUAUGAUAAGUAGUUAUGAUGUUUGUUAGAGGUCAAGAUGAUCUUUCGACUGAUCUAGAGCUUAUUGCCAAAUUGGAUUCUGCUAUCUUCUCAAAGGAUGUGCUAACUUUGUUCUGCCUAUCUUCUAGUUUGGUAUCAUUACCCAACAAAGCCUGGGCAUUGAGGCUGAUGGUACCCUGCUGAAUUUCCAUGACUGCCCAAACUCUGGAUGUGUAGGCACAUGAUAUACUUUUUUAGUCUACCCAACAUGGCCUUAGGCUGUCUUUUGAUUACUCAGCCCACUGAUUCUACAGUGGUCUGGGGCCUUCUCUUCCUUUUUGUCUUGUGUGUGUCCAGGGAAAACAGAAUCAUGAACAUUUACAUAGCACUGACUGUGUUGUAAACAUUUUAUACUAUAUUAACUGUUUAAUCUUCACAAAACCCUAUGAGAUACCCAUUUUAUAGAUGAGGAAGCUAAGGCACAGGGAAGUUAUGCACCUUGCCAAGGAGUCACACCACUGGUGAGUGGAGGAGUUGGGGUUUAUAUGCAGUCCAGCUGGCUCCAGGAUCCAUGCUCUUGAUCACGUUAUAUCACCCCUAAAUUUCAGCAGAUAGGGAGAUGAACAGUACAUGGUACCCUAAGGAUGGCUUUUUUGUGAUCUGCUGCUUUUUCAUUUUGCAGUGUUGUUUUCUAGCCUCUUAGAGUCUCCGAUGUCACCCAGGGGAAAGGACUAGGACUCAUAGCAUUUUUUCCAAGCCAUCCAAGCUCUCAAUUCUAAAACUGAGAUGACUUGGUAGCCAGUAGAUCUGGCGCCAUAGUUCUUGGUUGCAGUGAAAGUGCACCAGGCUUUAGAAUCAGCCUAAGCUGAGUUCAAACCCUGCCAUCCAUCCAUCCAAUAAAUAUCCAGUAAAUAUUUACUGAGUCCUAACUGUCAAAUACCAGGUUUGUUCUGAGUGCUGAGGAUAAGUAAACAAACCAUACCUUGGUCUCAUGGAAUUUAGUAAAGUGAGAGAAGACUGAAAAGCAAAUAAAUAUAUGUCAGGUGGUAAAUGCUAAGAAGAAAUUAAGGCAAGGGGAUAGAGACUAAGGGGAAGCACCAUUUUAGAAAUAUGGUUAGGGAAGGUCUCUGAUAAGGGGACAUUGGAGCAAAUAUCACGUGAGGGAGUAUGUGGCUAGCUGAUGAGAGCGUGAUUGUCCUGUUGAAGGGACUGCAAGGAGGCCAGAGGGCCAGUGUAGUUAAAGCAGAGUAAGGGAGGGGAAAAGAAAAACAAGAUGACAAGAUAGGGCGGGGGUUGGUGGGGCAAGAGGAUACACCUACAUCUUACAGGGCCUUAUAAGGUCAAGGAAGAGACGUGUACUUCUAUUCUGAGUGAGAUAGGAAACCAAGGCUGGGUGUCCUUGGCAAAUGACAUAUAAAUUCUGAGUCUUCGUUUUCUCCAUCUUACAAGUGAGUUGCAAAGUUGUGAAGAUCACAGAUCAUGUAAAAAAAUUUUUGAAAGAAAACACAAACCAACGUGUCAAUACAUAUUGACAUUGCUUGUAUUUUCUUCUCUACACCUUGGGCAGGCUGCAGCAAAUUAUGCUGUUUAAGAUCCCACGAGCGAGGAUAAGGGGACAUGAGAGUGUGGCCUGGAGAAAGGAAAGGUGGAGCUUUAGAGGAGAAUUCGUUUAAUCAUUGAAGAUCUGUAGUUGAGGGUCUCCCCUCUUCCUCUUCAAAAGGCUGCAGCGGCGCCAAACUCGCUUUCCCAGGGUCCGCUGCAGCAGAGACACCGCCUUCUGAGCCCGCUUUUCGGCGAGUUUCGGCUUUGUGCCGGUCUCAGCCUCCAACUCCCGGCAUGCCGCUGGGCGUGGGGCCCGCACGCAGACUCCAUUUCCCAGCCUGCCUCCGGGCUCGGUCAGGACGUGCCGGCGCCUAUAAGAGCCAGAGCGCUGCGGCCGGAGCCUAUUGUUAGCCGGAGCCGGGGCGGUUCUGGGUGGCUGCUGCCGGGGGCGCCCAAGUUGCCGGAGCCGCCCGCCCUCCGCCUCCUGCCGGCCGACCUGCCCACCCGCCCUCCCUCCCCGCCCUGCCGCCCUGGGAACUCCCCGACCGUCGCCGCGGGCCCGGGACUCGCUCUCUCCUCCCUCCUUCCCACCCGGGCUAGGGCGGCGGCGGCAGCGGGGGCGGCAGAGACCAUCACGGGAGGAGGCAGCUGCGGCGGGGCCGAAUCCUAAUGCACCUGGCUAAUUGGUGGUGAGCAGGGGCUUUGGGGCCAACGUGGUGGGCUCCCCAAGAAAACCCCUUUGAAACCAAUGGAUGCAUUCACGGGCUCGGGUCUCAAGAGGAAGUUUGAUGAUGUGGAUGUGGGCUCAUCAGUUUCCAACUCAGAUGAUGAGAUCUCCAGCAGUGACAGUGCUGACAGCUGCGACAGCCUCAAUCCUCCCACAACUGCCAGCUUCACACCCACCUCCAUCCUGAAGCGGCAGAAGCAGCUGCGGAGGAAGAAUGUACGCUUUGACCAGGUGACCGUAUACUACUUUGCCCGGCGCCAGGGUUUCACCAGUGUGCCCAGCCAGGGUGGCAGCUCUCUGGGCAUGGCCCAGCGCCACAACUCUGUGCGCAGCUAUACGCUCUGUGAGUUUGCUCAGGAGCAGGAGGUGAAUCAUCGGGAGAUUCUUCGGGAGCACCUGAAGGAGGAGAAACUCCAUGCCAAGAAGAUGAAGCUGACCAAGAAUGGGACAGUGGAGUCGGUGGAGGCCGAUGGCCUGACACUGGACGAUGUUUCAGAUGAAGACAUUGAUGUGGAAAAUGUGGAGGUGGAUGAUUACUUCUUCCUGCAGCCUCUGCCCACUAAGCGGCGCCGGGCCCUGCUGAGGGCGUCAGGGGUCCACCGCAUCGAUGCUGAGGAGAAGCAAGAACUUCGAGCCAUCCGCCUCUCUCGGGAAGAGUGUGGUUGUGACUGUCGACUAUAUUGUGACCCAGAAGCGUGUGCCUGUAGCCAAGCUGGGAUUAAAUGCCAGGUGGAUCGCAUGUCCUUUCCAUGUGGCUGUUCCCGUGAUGGCUGUGGGAACAUGGCUGGACGCAUUGAAUUUAAUCCAAUCCGAGUCCGGACUCAUUACCUCCACACCAUCAUGAAGCUGGAGCUAGAGAGCAAGCGGCAGGUGAGCCGCCCGCCAGCACCAGACGAGGAGCCCUCUCCCGCUGCCAGUUGCAGCCUGACAGGAGCUCAGGGCUCUGAGACACAGGACUUCCAGGAGUUCAUUGCUGAGAACGAGACAGCAGUGAUGCACCUGCAGAGUGCAGAGGAACUGGAGCGGCUCAAGGCGGAGGAAGACUCCAGCGGCUCUAGCGCCAGCCUGGACUCUAGCAUUGAGAGCCUGGGUGUGUGCAUCCUGGAGGAGCCCCUGGCUGUUCCUGAAGAGCUGUGCCCAGGCCUGACGGCCCCCAUUCUCAUCCAGGCUCAGCUGCCCCCAGGCUCCUCCGUCCUAUGUUUUGCCGAGAACUCGGACCAUCCAACUGCCUCAGCAGUGAACAACCCAUCCUACUUGAACAGUGGGCCUCUGGUCUAUUAUCAGGUGGAGCAGAGGCCAGUCCUGGGGGUGAAAGGAGAGCCUAGUACAGAAGAAGUCCCGCCCUCUUUCCCUAAGGAGAAGGACCUCAAUGUCUUCUCUCUCCCCGUUACCUCACUGGUGGCUUGUAGCCCCACAAACCCAAGUGCCCUCUGUAAAUCAGAGGUGGGGAAAACAUCCACCCUAGAAGCACUAGUGCCCGAAGAUUGUCACCCUGAGGAGCCUGAGAACGAAGACUUCCGCCCCUCUUGGUCCCCCUCAAACCUCCCCUUCCGCACGGACAAUGCAGAGGGCUGUGUGGUGGAGAAGACCUCACCGCAGAGUGAGGACCAGCGCCCUGAGGACCCUUCCCUGGAACUCCCUUUGGCGGUGUGACCCGGGGAUGGAGGUUCUGCCUCUUACCCAGUCUCUAUUUAUUCCCUUAUUUUAUCUAACACAUUUCAAAACAAAACUGUAGAAGCAGCUGCUGCUCCCAUGUUAUUUUAUUGGGGUCUUUGGGGAAAGGGUGGGAAAGGAUUGUUUGUACAAGUAUUUUUUAAAGGGUAAACAGAACCAAGGAGACCAGCUCCGGCGUCCUGGGGCACAGGAGGCUGCCCUGAGCUUUCUGGGCCAUUGGAACAAAGAACUAGGAUCUCACAGGAGAAGCUGGGUAAUUCAAGCAGCUAUUUAUAUAGGGACCAGAACACAGUAAUUUGAACAGCAUGGCAAAGGCCCUUCUCUCCCUGCGCUCCAGGCGGGGAACAGGCUCAUUUUUCUCCGUGGUUGUUCUGAUACCCUAUUUUGGUGGAUCAUAGUAAUACAGUUGGAAAUGUCACCUGGUCGAACCUAGAGGAAGGGGUAGAAGGGUCUCUGCUUCAUUACAAAACCUCGAGGAUUUAUCAAAAUUUAACCUGCCUUCCCUGGCCCCCUAUUUGGUAAAUAAGUUAAUAUUUGACAUGUUUUUGGUGUUCUCUGACCUGUUCCCCACACUGGGGAUUCCUGGUCUGUAACUUGAAUUGUUUCUUUCUCAUCUUCUUAGGUACUAGAGUUAAACUUGCCUAUUUGUCUUUUCCCCCUCCAUCCUUUUUCCUUUGAAGAAAAAGAGCUAGAUUGGCCGGGGGUGUGGUACCAAGAGCCUGAGUCUUGUGUGUGUGUCAGGCAGCGUCAGGCUGGGGCUCACACAUCCACAGGAGGCAUGUGUGGAGCAUUAACUGUGUCCAAAGGAGGCAGCAGGAAUGGGCUGCUGUCUGGAAAGAAGAUGACUUUAUCUGUGCCAUGCUUGCUUUUUCACCCAGGUUUUUCUUCCCCCCCUUUGGGAGAUUUGAGCUUUAAAGGAAAGUAGGAUGUGGCAAUUCAAUGUCACCAACUAGUUUUUGUUCUUUUUUUCUGUAUCUACCCUCGUGGUCCUUUGUGGAUGUACAGGGUUAGAGAGUCCUUAUACUAUUCCAGUUCACCCCCAAGAACUGCAGGUGUUUAUUGGACCCUCCAUCUUGAUAUAUAAAAAUCGGAAGCCAAACCAAUUCUGAAAUGCUGCUACAACUCCCAGGUUCCAAAGAAUUCAAGUUCUGCUUAUAACCUUUGAGGUCUACAGAGUGGGAUAGCCACUCCAUCAGGGGGGAUUUCUGUUCCUCUUAUGUCCAGCUUAUGUUCCAGGAUGUGCUCCAUUGAACACUGAAUUCUUUUUAUUAGCAAAGUUAUUUGCCUCUGUUUUCAAUUGGAGGCAGUAUCAGGAGAAAAACACUCUUCUUUAGCAUCCUUUGUACCAUGCUUCACUUCUGGUAUGGUUUACUAACUGGGAAAGAACAAAGAGAAAAACUUCUUUUUUGGAGGGGGAGAUAACUGUUCCUACUUAUCUUGCUCAUAAAGCCUUUUCUGGUGGGAUAUUAAGGCCCUGGUAUCUUAAAACAACCUUUUUGUAUGUCGCAGCAGCAUUUCACCUAUAAAAUCCCUAAACUGAGCCUGAAAGGCCUUGUACUUAACACAGGUACAUCUUUUAACCCAUUCUGCCUCUCCUGUUCGUUCCUGUUUUUGCUUGGUUUUACUUUUGUGGGGGAGUUCUUAAUUAAGUACAUAGGUCCUUAUCGCUCCCCAUCCUCUAGCCUCAAAAAACAGAGUUGAGAGUCUUAAGUACCUGAGAUCUAGAUGCUAUCCCAGACUGAGCUACACCCUCCCGCCUUAGAUGGGUCCCCUCAAAUACAAGACUGAGGCUUUACUGGGGAUUUGACUCUGGAGAAGAGUCUUUCUGAAAGUUUGUUUUGGAAGGGGCAGUGAGCUCUAUACAUUCCCUCCUUAGGAAGGCUCCAGCCUAAUCUAGGAAGUGGGUUCCAGCUGCUCAAUAAGAGACACAUUAGCCUCUGGGAUCAAACCAAGAAUUUGAAUCUAAUUAUCAAACUCAUUGCCACCCCCAAGAUAUUUGAUUUUUCUGAAAAACUAGUUUCCUAAUCUAAGUCCAUCCCUUCUACGAUUCUGACUCACACUGAUCCCAAGCUUUUAAAUGCUAAAUAUUAACAUUUAGCAUUAACUGUCUUGUCAAGCAAAAGGCCUUCUUUACCACCUAGUCCAUCUCGUUUCUGGUGCUACCUGAGUUGGACAGAACUACAGCUCACAGUUGCUAGAAAAGCGAGGCCUCUGACCACAGAAGCAGAGAGCUUCAAUCCCACUCAGUCUAGGCCUAGAUGAAAGAAAUGACUCAUUGCAACUCUUACUAUUUUCCAAUUUCCUUUCUCACAUACUGUACACAGGUAGUAUUUUCAAUGUGAAUCCAAAGCUUGUCUGGUUCUCUGAAAAUAAUUUUUUUUUUUUUUUGCCUUUUAGGUCUUUUACAUUGUGAUAAUGCUGUAUUUAAAGAGAAUAUUUAAAUGUAAUAUUAAAGAAAUAUUCAAAAGAA